GGUUCUGUAUUGCUAUCUCCCACUAGCACCAGAAGCAUUUUCCCGCUCUCAUUUUCUGAGCUUCGGAACUUCUCUUCCUGUGCGCGCUGCCCCGGAACUUCUCUUCCUGUGUGCGCUGCCCCGGAAGUGGCGAUAGGCUCGAACUACUAGGCUCAAUGGCUGAUGGGGCGAGCACGUCUGGCCCCCAAGGAGAGGAGCUAACCCUGUUAACGGGUUCAGAUGCAAUCAAGAUCAUCCUGCUGGGUGACUCCGCUGUGGGGAAAUCAAAGCUCGUGGAGCGCUUUCUGCUUGAUAACUACAAGCCGCACCAGCUGUCGACCUACGCCCUAACCCUGUACCGAUACAACUUCAAGACGCAGGAUGCCAAAACCGUGGCAUGCGACAUAUGGGACACGGCCGGGCAGGAGCGCUUCAACAGCAUGCACUCGUCCUACUACUACCGCGCGCACGCGUGCAUCAUGGUGUUUGACGUGACACGCAAAGUGACGUACAAGAACCUGGAGAAGUGGUACGAUGAGCUGCAGGACAACUGCAAGGGCAUCCCGACGUUGGUGGUGGCGAAUAAGAUUGACAUCGACUACAAGGUGACCUCCAAGUCCUUCAACUUCGCGGCAAAGCGCAAGCUGCCAUUCUUCUUCGUGUCCGCGUCCGAUGGCACCAACGUGGUCAAGAUCUUCAACAUGGCCAUCAUGGCGGGCAUGCGCUGGAAGGCCGCGCCCAAGGACGACUUCUACCAGGAGGUGCUGGACCUGCUGGGUGAGAUUAGCAUGGAUACACGCAAGCAGCUCGAAGACGCUGUCAAGGCGCUCGAAGAUGAGAAGGACAAGGACGGCGAGGGGCAAUGAUGGGUUGUGGAGUUUGGGUGGGAUGUUGCCGCUGUACGUGGGAAGACAAUCAGAGGAAUGUGUGUUUGUAUUGUGAGGGUGGAGGAGUGAGUGGCGCGCGCUGCUGGACUGUGAGUUUGGACGGUUGCGGUGGUUAGGAGGAAAGACGGCGUGGGGCAGGAGGAGAAAGGACUGGAGUGCAGGGGGCAAGGCCUCGGCAGCCCCAGUGGUGCGUCAUAGUGCGCUCGUGAUGGAACAUGGCAAGGGGCAGGAAAGCGUAGUCCCGAUGUGUGUGGCUCCCACCCGUGCCCACAUAAAUGCGUAGCAAGAAGGGACAAGGCAUUGGUGCGUCGUUCGCGCGCUGUUACUGUACCGACGGUAGCUGGCAGGUUGUGUCGAUGUUUGCGUCAUAGUGCGCAGGCGAUGUCAAGCCGUUGCGUCGCUAGGCUAUUUCGUUGGGCGCGGGCACAUAUCCCUUCCCCCGGCGCACCGUAUGUCAGCAGCGUCUUGGUGCCGUCAAUGGCUGUGCCGUCAAGGUGUCGUAAAGCAGUUGUGCGAGGAACCGGUCGUGUGCUGCUACCCGAGUACCCGUCAUGAUGCACAGUACCCGCCAUGCAGAUACGGGCCUGGCUUGCUUCA